AGUGAGCCAUGAUCACUGCACUCCAGCCUGAGCAACAAAGCAAGACCAUCUCCAAAAAAAAAAAUAACAACUUGUGUUAACAUGUUAAACUCGUUUAAUCAUGAGUACUAUUAUUAUCCCUAUCUUGAUGAGGAAACUCAGGUACAGAGAGGCUAAGUAGUUUGCCUGAGAUCACACAGCAGGAGGCUCUCAGGAUUUGAAUCCAACUGGUCCAUCUGGCUCCAGCAUCUAUAUGCUAAACCCUACCCACUGCUGCCUUUGUCUUGGGGUCAGGGUCCUGGACCAGUCUGGGCCAGCCUGAGUUGGGAAUGGGAAGAGGAGGCACGUGCCCAAGUGUUCUUCCCGCCUGACCGAGUCCUCCAGUGCCCGUGAGGAAGGUGGGCACCACUGUCACCCUGUUUCCCGGGAAGGCAGCAGGCCCAGGGAGGUACUGGGAUUUGCCAAAGGCUCACAGCCAGCAAGCGGCUGUGGGCACUGGCCCCUCAACACCCAGCCUUGCACACACUGUCUCUGAGUAGACCUGGGAGGGGCAUGUAAAACCCACCUGCCCUGGCUGGGAGAGAAGUGGGGGAGUAGACAUGGAAAGCAGGGACCGGGAGGAGCUGCCCAUAUGCCCUCCUCAGUUCCAGGAUGGUGCUUUCAUGCUGGGAGCGAGCUCACCCUGUGCCAGGCUAUCAUCAAGGUGUUUUCCAUUCAACAACUGAGUUUCUCUCUCCCAGGCUACUUAAGUAGUAAGGAAACAGAUUUAAACCCAGUCUGGCUCCAUGGCUGAGGCCCAGAGAGGGGUGGUGACGAGCCCAGGGUCGCACAGCCAGAGCUAGGAACUGCUGGCUAGGACAAGUAGACAGCUGACUCCUAGCCAACUGGGGGGUGGAGCAGAGGUGGAGCCAGGGAGAUCCAGGUGGCCUCUGAGAGCAGAGCACACGCAGCAGAGUGGCCCGGGGCAGCAUGAAGUGGAGCUGGGGCCCAGCGCUGCUCAUCAUGGGUACCAUGGUCCUCAUGGAGGGUCUUCAAGCCGCUCAGCGUGCCUGUGGACAGCGUGGCCCCGGUCCCCCCGAGCCUCAGGAGGGCAACACAUUUCCUGGCGAGUGGCCCUGGCAGGCCAGUGUGAGGAGGCAGGGAGUUCACAUAUGCAGCGGCUCCCUGGUGGCAGAUACCUGGGUCCUCACUGCUGCCCACUGCUUUGAAAAGGCGGCAGCAACAGAACUGAACUCCUGGUCGGUAGUCCUGGGUUCUCUGCAGCGUGAGGGACUCAGCCCCGGGGCCGAAGAGGUGGGAGUGGCUGCCCUGCAGUUGCCCAGGGCCUAUAACCACUACAGCCAGGGUUCAGACCUGGCCCUGCUGCGGCUUGCCCACCCCACAACCCACACACCCCUCUGCCUGCCCCAGCCUUCCCAUCGCUUCCCCUUUGGAGCCUCCUGCUGGGCCACUGGCUGGGAUCAGGACACCAGUGAUGCUCCUGGGACCCUACGGAACCUGCGCCUGCGUCUCAUCAGCCGCCCCACAUGUAACUGUAUCUAUAACCAGCUGCACCAGCGGCACCUGUCCAACCCAGCCCGGCCUGGGAUGCUGUGUGGGGGCCCCCAGCCUGGGGUGCAGGGGCCCUGUCAGGGAGAUUCCGGGGGCCCUGUGCUAUGCCUCGAGCCUGAUGGACACUGGGUUCAGACUGGCAUCAUCAGCUUUGCAUCAAGCUGUGCCCAGGAGGACACUCCCGUGCUGUUGACCAACAUGGCUGCUCACAGUUCCUGGCUACAGACUCGAGCUCAGGGGGCGGCCUUCCUGCCCCAGAGCCCAGAGACCCCGGAGUUGAGUGAUGAGGACAGCUGUGUAGCCUGCGGAUCCUUGAGGACAGCAGGUCCUCAGGCAGGAGUACCCUCCCCAUGGCCCUGGGAUGCCAGGCUGAUGCACCAGGGGCAGCUGGCCUGUGGCGGAGCCCUGGUGUCGGAAGAGGUGGUGCUGACUGCUGCCCACUGCUUCAUCGGGCGCCAGGCCCCAGAGGAAUGGAGCAUAGGGCUGGGGACCGGACCGGAGGAAUGGGGCCUGAAGCAGCUCACCCUGCACGGGGCCUACACCCACCCUGAGGGGGGCUAUGAUGUGGCCCUCCUGCUGCUGGCCCAGCCUGUGACACUGGGUGCCAACCUGCGGCCCCUCUGCCUGCCCUAUGCCGACCACCACCUGCCUGAUGGGGGGCGUGGCUGGGUCCUGGGACGGGCCCGCCCAGAAGCAGACAUCAGCUACCCCCAGACAGUGCCCGUAACCCUCCUGGGGCCUAGGGCCUGCAGCCGGCUACAUGCAGCUCCUGGGGGCGAUGGCAGCCCCAUUCUGCCAGGGAUGGUGUGUACCAGUGCUGUGGGUGAGCUGCCCAGCUGUGAGGGCCUGUCUGGGGCACCACUGGUGCAUGAGGUGAGGGGCACAUGGUUCCUGGCCGGGCUGCACAGCUUCGGAGAUGCUUGCCAAGGCCCUGCCAGGCCGGCAGUCUUCACUGCACUCCCUGCCUACGAGGACUGGGUCAGCAGUUUGGACUGGCAGGUCUACUUCGCCGAGGAGCCAGAGCCCGAGACUGAGACUGGAAGCUGCCCGGCCAACAUAAGCCAACCAGCCAGCUGCUGACAGGGGACCUGGCCGUUCUGACGAGAGAACAUAGGGAGGGAACUGGCAUCACUGCCCUGCCAUCCCCACCCCGCCAUGUGUGAUUCCAGGCACGGGGCAGGCCCAGAAGCCCAGCAGCUGUGAGAAAGAACGUGCCUGGGACCACAGGUGCCAACUCCCCAACCCUGCAGGACAGGGGUGUCUGUGGAUGCUCCCAUGCCCAGCUCUGCUCUGACGCAGGCGUCCCAGCUUUCCUCCUCCUUCACCCUCUCAGAUACAAUCACGCCAGCCAUGUGUUUUGAAAAUUUCUUUUUUUGGGGGGCAGCAAUUUUCCUUUUUUUAAACUUAAAUAAAUUGUUACAAAAUAGACUUUA